UCUCCUUGUCUAAUUAUCUUUAUUCAUGUCUUGGUGCAGUACCUAAGUAGCAUGCAGAAAUUUCGAAGGAUUACAUUUUUCCGAUUUAGAUGUUUGAUUAUGUAUUUUACACAGGGCUUUCAAAUCAGUCAACACUGGACGAACUAACCAAGAGGCUUCAUGUAUUCAUAAGCAUUGUGCUUCUGUAUCUACAGUUCGGUACUGCUGGAAGCGCUCUGGGGCCGGGAGUAGAAUCAAUCUGUUCAUGACUACCAAUUCUGAAUGGAGUUCUAUGUUAUAGUGCACAAUUUCGUUGCCUGGGUCUCCUCUCCAUACCUAUGCUACUCAUUUCCCUGGCCAAAGAUUUCUGAAGUACAUUGUUGCCAUUAUCCUGACCUUGAGAUUUUUGAAGUACGUUGUUGUCAUCAUUCUGACCUUGAGCACACGACUUCUUCGCCUGGGUCUCCUCUUCACUCCUAUGCUACUCAUAUCCCUGGCCGAAGAUUUUCGCAGUACGUCAUUGUCAUUAUCCUGAUCUCGAGUGCACGAUUUCACUGCCUGGGUCUCCUUCUCACUCCUAUGCUACUCAUAUCCCUGGCCGAAGAUUUUCGCAGUACGUCAUUGUCAUUAUCCUGACUUCGAGUGCACGAUUUCAUUGCCUGGGUCUCCUCCUCACUCCUAUGCUACUCAUAUCCCUGGCCGAAGAUUUUCGCAGUACGUCAUUGGCAUUAUCCUGACUUCGAGUGUAUGAUCUCUUUGCCUGGGUCUCCUCUUCACUCCUAUGCUACUCAUUUCC